UGUAAUCUCCGACCUGUUGGCUAUUUGUGCUGCUGUCCACGGCUGUAAUCUGUCCAGACUGCAGCGGGCUUUUGGCAGGAGAGUCGGAGCGAGCAUCUUUUGCGCACUUGCCUCUAGAAAUCCCUGUAGAAGCUCACGCAGAAAUGGGCCGAAAGGAGGGCGAAUAUGAAUGGAAGAAGAGCACGGAUAACAUCCAGGAUGUGUUUGACUUCAUGGAUGUUCUCGGAUCGGGGGCUUUUUCUGAGGUCUUCAUGGUGAAGGAGAGGAAAACAGGCAAGCUUUUCGCCAUGAAGUGUGUGAAGAAGAAGAACAAAAGAGACAUCAACCUGGAGAACGAAAUCGCAGUGUUGAGAAAGUAAGACUGGGAUGAUCAACAUGAAAACGUGGUUUGCCUGGAGGACUUCUAUGAAAGUCGGACACAUUACUACCUGGUCAUGCAGCUAGUUUCAGGUGGUGAACUGUUUGACCGGAUCCUGGACCGCGGCAUGUACUCAGAGAUGGAUGCUAGUUCGGUUAUCAGACAGGUGCUUGAGGCCGUCAGCUACCUGCACAAUAAUGGCAUUGUCCACCGCGACCUCAAGCCAGAAAAUAUGCUCUACUACAGCCCUGAUGAAAACUCCAAGAUCAUGAUCAGUGAUUUCGGCCGGUCCAAGAUGGAGGAUAACGGGGUCUUGUCUACAGCCUGUGGGACGCCCGGAUAUGUGGUCUUCUGUGGUUAUCCUCCUUUCUAUGAAGAAACCGAGACACGUCUGUUUUCUAAGAUCAUGAAGGGACAGUAUGAGUUUGAUUCACCCUUCUGGGAUGACAUCUCUGAAUCUGCAAAGGACUUCAUUCGCAACAUGAUGCAGAAGAAUCCUAAGAUGCGUUUUAACACCGAACAGGCCCUCAGACACCCCUGGAUUAUCGGGAAGACGGCGCGCAGUCAGGACAUCUACCACUCGGUCAGCGAGCAGAUGCAGAAAAACUUCGCCAAGUCCAAGUGGAAGCAAGCCUUCAAUGCCACAGUGGCCAUUAACCACAUGAAGAAGCUCCAGCAGGCUCAUUCUGAGGCCUGUGUGCGUCUCAAAAACUGCCCUCGAGAUGUGCCCGAAAUCAAAGUCAUCGCCUCCUCCACGCCUGAAUCUGUCCGCAAGAAGCUGCUCUCUGAGACCCCCGAGCCCAACGGCAGCAUGAACGGGCCGUGCGGAUCCACCGAGGCCAAGAGUCAGUAUCACCCGAUGCGGGUCAGUCACAGCGAGACCACUCACGUUGGCACCCUCACCAUAGCAGAGAAGGGCAAACACGUGUACCACUCGGAGCCAGCCGAUCUCAAUGGGUAUGCAAAAAGAAGCUCCAAUCGUCCCGGGCAGAACCUGCAGACCGGUGUUUGCUCUGUCAUGUGAUCGGCUGCACUGCAAAUGCAUGAUUUUUGACAGGUCUGUGACCUCUCACCGGCCAACUGGCUGCUUUCUGUGGGCAGAUCCCUCUGCUCUGCCCCGGUCAAGAGUGUUGUCAGGACAGCUGGCCACCAGCCCGCACCGUCCUCUAAUCCAGAAGUUUAGGAGAGUGCCUCCAAAUUCUGCAAACAGAGCACAAAUACAGCCCGCCACACACUCACAAGCGCAGUAUCCCUGUACCAUGAUUGGUGCCGAACAUCAAAACUCUGUAUUUUUCCUUCGAGGAAGCAGUUUUACAUGAUCAAGGUCAAUUCAUCUCUCUGUAUUAACACACAUUUGGAGCAGGGGUCCGUGUUACUGGACUCUUGAGUAUUAUUUUGUGCUUUUGUACAUACAGUCUAUGUGAUGCAUGGCUAGUUUGUAAAAUGUGCAAUAAUGUGUCAUUUUAGUUUGUAAAAAACAUUUCCCUGUAAGUCAUAUUAGAUUAUAGGGCUGCACAAUAUUGGGGAAACAUUGAUAUUAUUUGAAUAUCUCCAUUUCGGAUAGUUUUUAUCAUGUUGGAUUGAUUGGGAUGAUUCUGCAGGGGAGUUCAUCUGCGUAAAAUAUAAAUAAGAAUCUACAAGCAUGGAUAAAUACAAUAUAGAAAAAUGAACAGUGCUUUAUAGGUUUUAUGAGGAGUAUAAUAGUAUUCAGGUGUACAGUAAUGAAAUGUCAAAUAAUACAGCGUAAUCUUUAUUAUAUAAAUAAUUCAAUCAAAUUAAUUGUUAUUAAAGUUAUAAACGGUACAAUUUCGUAUGCCUGAAUCCUUUUAAAGUCCUCAUGCAAUCACAGGCCUAAAAAACCGCAUCCAAAUGAUAAACUAUAAUCCAGACUCAACAUUGCAUAUGUUGCGAUGUGACUAUUACGAAUGAUCACAUUGCGAUAUUAAUGAUGAACCGAUAUAUUGUGCAGCCCUAUUAGGGGCCGAUCACACCGAAUGUGCCUUUUGCUAUGAAAAGGCUCCUUUUUUGAAUGGUUUUCUAAUGUGGCUUUCACACCAGACGCGGUUUGCGUGAAAAAUGUUUGUUUUUUAAAAUCGCACAAUUUGCGCGUAAAUAAUGCAUAAUCAUUUUGAGUUUAUUCGGCUCAUUCGCGCGUCAAAUUCGCCUCAUUUGCGUGUCAAAUUCAAUUAUACGCAGAUUCACAUCAUGGGCAGGGCUUCUGUCUGCCCGGUGACUCUAGUUUCAUUGUUAAAUGGCUAACAUGGAUUUUAUUGAGAGAGUAGCUGUGCUUUAUGUUCUUUAGGAAGGCUGAAAAACGGCAUAGAUUUGUUCGGUGCCGUGUCUGAGUCCACUAGAUACUUUCAAAGGUGCACCCAGCACUGUGAGUUCAUCAGGUAAAGUUCAGAUUUUCCAACUUGAGUGAUUCAUGCGUCAUGAAUGCAUCAAAUGCACAAAACGUUAUAAUUAAGACACUUCAUUCGCGUCGUUUUCACCGCUGCAUUUGCGUGAAUUGUGUCAUUUGCACUGCUUCAUUGACAAUAGAUAAAUUAAGCGAAAUAAAUGAUAAAUUUGCACGAAUAAAUCGAUGCAAAUUACGUGAUUCGUGCGAAUCGAGACAUUGGCACUGUUUCAUUCAUGCGAAUCGUGCCAUUGGCACCGUUUUAUUCGUGCGAAUCAUGUCAUUGGCACUGCUUCAUUCGUGCGAAUCAUGUCAUUGGCACUGCUUCAUUCGCGCGAAUCAUGUCAUUGGCACUGCUUCAUUCGCGCGAAUUGCGUCAUUUGCACCUCUUCAUUCGCGCAAAUUGCGUCAUUUGCACCACUUUAUUCGCGUGAAUCGCAUCAUUGGCACAAAUUGCACCAUUCGCGCCAUCUUGUUCGUGUGAAUAGUGCCGCAGGAUGUCUAUUCGUGUCUUUGCUUUGACUUAACAUGUAAAUCACUCGUGCUUGGCGCUUCGAAUGAGGUGACGCGAAUGAUGGGAUUCACGCGAAUGAAUCUGUGCAAAUGAAGCGAUGUUCAGGUUGUCUAUUUGCGUUUUUGCUUUGACUUUACAUUUAAUUCACUCGCGCAUGGCGCUUCAUCCGCGUCUGGUGUGAACGCACCCUAAUGCUCUCACAUUUUUGCCAUUGCGUACUGUGCGCCUGCAGUUGAAAAAAAGUCAUUUUUUCAUUUCAAGUCUUUUUUCAUUUUCAAAUGAAAGCCGAGGCGGGGUUUCUGUUGAGGUGACAGCAGUGUUUGUGUUGUCAAGAUGACUACGGAGUAUAUAUUGUAUGAGCUUAUAUGAAAGUAUACAUAAGCUGCACAAUACCAAAGUCCCUUUCAGGCCACCUUUGAAACGCCUCUCAGAGGUUCUGUUUGAAUGGGGAAACAUCAAAUUCUCCAAAAUUGCUUGCCAAGCUUACUAUUAAAUUUCAUAUUAGGAAUCACCAAUAUAUUUAAACAACAACUGUCUCUUUAGUUUCAUUUCUAAACGUUCAAAUCACACAAAAUCUGCGGAAACUGGUCUGCCUGGUUCGAGCGCCUUCCACGGAGAAUCCUCAGUCUAUAGCGAUCGCUGAUUGGCUCCUGUACUUGAAGGCAGGGCUUCAUUCACCAUAUUGACGUUACACUUUUUCCCAUUCAAAACUAUUCGAGUGACAUGUCUUGUGUAUUCUAUAGUCUUUGACAAUACACAGCUGAUUGAGUAGUUGCCUAGCAACAUAAAAAGUGCAGCUCACUGUUUUUUUCUUGUCAAUAAAAAAAGGCAAUGUGUUGCGUUCUCAGACCGGAGAGGCGAACUUGGUAUGAUUGGCCCCUAAGCUGGAAAUUAUUCAAUAAAUAGCUUUCUCUUUUUUUGGGUACUUUAACUAGAAAGGUUUAUUUUUGUAAUGCAGGAAUUAUUGUAUGUUAAUCCAUUAUAUAUAUUUUUUUCGUAAUGAAACAGAUACAAAUUGUUUAUUGCCUUCUUCCACCACCAUAGUUGUUGUGUGCACUGUAAAGCAGUACUAAUACCUGACAAACAUGAACUUUACUGUUAGAAAUACGGUAUUGUAACUAACUAUCAUGUAAGAGAUUGAAAAUGAAGUGUCUUCUGACUAGAGGAAGUUUAUGUUUGUGUAGACGGCUAUACUGUCAGUGCUUUGUGUGAUAUUUUUACUAAU